GUUGAGGGGAGAUAAUAAUUUUGUAAAUGUAAAAAAACAUUAUUUAUAUAGAUAGCGUGGGCGUUAAACAGGAAUAUAUAUAUUUAAAGUGCCAUAUUGCUUAUUUUUUAUUGUUAAAGUUGGUAGUUGUGCAUUUAAAACUGUCCGUCUGCUGUGAAAGGUAAAGGCACAGCGGCACAGGACAUAACGUAACGAGUAAUCAUAACAAAUCAAAACAAAUGGCGGAGUAGUUAGUGGUUGUUUAGUGAGUGGUUUUAUCACUUGUGUUAGUGUUUAAACUGAUAUAAAUUAUCCAGCAUUCAUGAGCAAUAUGGCUAUGUCGAAUUUGUACUCUAAAAUGUCACACAAACCUCUUAAAAGAAUUCAAGACUUAAACGUGUCACAAACAAACCAAUUUUUUAAUGUUGAGACGCUCAACAAUGGGGGUCUUUCAAUAUCACCCCCUAACAACAUCUCCCAGCGCGAGAACAUGCAGAUCACCCAACCUGCUAGCGCCCCCACAUCACCCCUUGCGUCACCCAACUUCAUCACGACAAACAACUUCAACCUCACUUGCUCUAGUCUCACAACACUGGAUUCAAAUUGGCAAGCUACAAAAUCAACUGUGCGGGAACGAAAUGCAGCAAUGUUUAACAAUGAGCUGAUGGCUGACAUCAGAUUUAUUGUGGGAAGUCCAGGCCAAACCCAAAAAAUACCUGCACAUAAGUACGUUCUAGCUACAGGAAGUUCAGUGUUCUAUGCCAUGUUCUACGGAGGCCUUGCAGAAAACAAAGAGGAAGUUGAAGUGCCAGAUGUGGAACCAUCCGCCUUUUUAACACUUCUAAAGUAUUUAUACUGUGAUGAGAUACAACUGGAAGCAGACACAGUGCUGGCCACUCUUUACGUUGCCAAGAAGUACAUAGUUCCUCACCUGGCACGAGCCUGUGUCAACUACCUGGAGACUAGCCUAACAGCAAAGAAUGCCUGCCUCCUGCUCAGCCAGUCUCGCUUGUUCGAGGAGCCAGACCUGAUGCAACGUUGCUGGGAAGUCAUCGACGCUCAGGCAGAAAUGGCCUUGCACUCUGAAGGAUUUGUGGACAUAGAUCUCAACACACUGGAGAGUGUGCUGGGUCGUGAAACCCUCAACUGCAAGGAGAUGCACCUGUUUGAGGCAGCAUUGAGCUGGGCAGCAGCCGAGUGUGGCCGCAGGGAACUUGAACCCACAGCACAGAACAAGCGGCAAGUACUGGGCUCAGCACUCUACUUGGUCCGGAUACCCACCAUGAGUCUGGACGAAUUCGCAAAUGGAGCGGCACAACUCGGCAUCUUGACACAACAAGAGACCAUUGACAUGUUCCUCCACUUCACUGCACACAACAAACCCCACCUCAACUACCCUACCAAGGCUCGAACAGGACUGAAACCGCAGGUGUGUCACAGAUUCCAAUCUUGUGCUUACCGAAGUAAUCAGUGGCGGUAUCGAGGCCGGUGUGAUAGUAUCCAGUUCAGCGUUGACAAGCGUAUUUUCAUGGUGGGCUUUGGACUCUACGGUUCCUCCAAUGGUGCAGCAGAUUACAGUGUCAAGAUUGAAUUGAAAAGGCUCGGGCGAGUUCUUGCCGAAAACAACACAAAGUUCUUCUCAGACGGUUCGAGCAACACAUUCCACGUCUACUUCGAGCAUCCAAUACAGAUAGAACCAGAGUCGUUCUACACCGCUUCUGCAGUUCUGGAUGGAGUGGAGCUGAGCUAUUUUGGCCAAGAAGGUUUGAGCGAGGUCACGGUGGGCUGUGUAACCUUUCAGUUCCAGUGUUCCUCUGAGAGCACCAACGGCACAGGGGUGCAGGGUGGUCAGAUACCUGAUCUGAUAUUCUACGGACCAUCGACAUUUGCAUCAGACGAACACUGAGUGGUGCCUAGUGCGAUACAUACUUAAAGACAUGAUGAAUUUGACCUUUUACACUCAUUCUUUAAUUAUGAUCUCCUAUUUAUUACUGGUAGAUAAGCUAUAGGUUUUUGUCCCGUGUUGUCCUAGAUGCACAUAGAUUGACUUAGGCCUCAUAUACGCUAAAGUAUUUUCAUGUACAAGUAUUUUCAAAUGUUAACAGUAAAUAGAAAGUAAGUAGGAAUUAUGGUCAAUUAGGCACAAUAUAUUACUCUGCAAUUGCCUUGUACUAAUCUUACUGAUUGUACGUUUCUGCCCCAUCUCAAAUUCAUUACUUCUAAAAUGAGAAGAUCAUAUUUGUUUACUGUAUAAUUUUUUAUUACAUAUACAUAUUAGUAUUUAUUUUUACAUGUAUUGUUGAGUGAUCUAUUAUAGACACUCAAAUAAGUUGAAUUUAUUUGUUAGCGGUCUGUGUUCUUCUAAAGUAAUUGUUAUUAAAGUUUUAUGAUAGUUGAUAUGAGAAACUUGCAGCUUCCAACAAGGUUACAAAUAAAUAUUCCUAAAGAUAUUAAA